AUGAAGUUGGGAAACUUGAACAUGUUCCUCCUCAAUGAUCCUACUGUCAUUCGUGAUCUGCUGGAGAAAAGAAGCAAUAAUUAUUCAUGUCGCCCAGACCUAUAUGCUCGACAAUUUGGAGAUAAUCUCAAUAUCGCACUGAGAGAUAAUGACGAGAUAUGGCGGCGCCAGAGGAAGAUGUAUCACGUCCGCUUAAACGUAAAGUCCGCUGAUAGAUACCUCCCUUAUCAGCACUGCGAUAGCCUGCAGCUUCUAGAUGACAUUGUUGACCGCCCAGAUGCUUGGCUAGAGCAUAUCCAGAGAUAUACUGCCAGUAUCUCAACUACUUUGCUGUAUGGGUGGAGAACACCUCACACCAACACUGGUUACGUCAAAGACCUCCUUGAAUGGAUGGAAGUCACCUCCGAUGCUCUGAACUUCCAGCUUGUCGACUUUUAUCCUUCUCUGCGUAUUCUCUAUAAAGUUCUUCCUGGUUGGGUGCUUCCAAAUAAAAGAAAGCUCCAAAACCUUCAGAAACUGGAAAACCGAGUAUUUUACGAUCUACUAGGAAAAGCAAAGGAGAAGUUGGAAUCUGGAGAGGCUCAUCCCAGUUUUAUCCGCGACAUGCUAAUGGACCAAGACCACGACCGGCUAGAUGACCGCCAAAUUGCGAACAACGCAGCACAUGGCUUUGGGGCUGCAAUGGACACUUCCGCGAAUACCCUUGUGGGAUUUAUAAAGGCCAUGGUCAUGUUUCCCGACGUUCAAGCAAAAGCACAAGAAGAGAUCGACGCUGUGAUUGGGAGUGAUCGAUUGCCACAAUGGGAUGAUCGUGACCGCCUCCCCUACAUUCGUGCGGUCGUGGAAGAGACAUUCAGAUGGGCACCGAGUCCUAUUAGUGCGGCGGUCCCACACGCUGCUAAAGAAGACGACGUUUAUAAUGGGAUGGUAAUCCCGAAGGGAUCAAUGAUGAUGAUAAAUGUUUGGACCGUCAAUCAUGACCGUUUCCCGAACGCUCGUGACUUCGAUCCGACACGGUAUACACCUGAAUCAACUCUGGUGGAAAAUAACUCCAUCAGCCAGGAUUCUCCUCGCCGAAUGCACUUCACCUUUGGGGCUGGACGGAGAGUUUGCCCGGGUUUCCAUGUAGCCGAAAGGAAUAUAUUUAUCGCUGUAUCUCGCUUGCUCUGGGGAUUCAAUUUCCAACGAGCCCGGGACGCAAGUGGCAAAAUAAUUCCGAUCAAUCGAGACGCCGUAACUCCUGGCCUCAUUGUACGACCGGAGGAUUUUGAGUGUACGAUCAAGGUUCGUAGCAAGAGCCGCGAAGAGUUUAUUCGAAAGAGUUGGAGUGAUGCUCAAGAGAACCUUGACAGCGAAGGAAACUUCACGCCUGAAUUUAUCAAAGCCUCAUUCAAAUAA